AUGACAAAGCAAAAGAAGAAGAACCAGUCAAAAGGUUCCAAAGGUUUGGAAAAGCCUAAGAGCAAAGGUUUGGAAAAGCCUAGCUCCAAGCCAAAGAAAAGGCUCACCAAAUCUAAUUUGGAAAAGUUAGGUAAAGUGAGCCUGAAGGAAAAGAUGAAAGUUGCUACUGAGGAUGCUGCAAGCCCAGAAGAUGCAGCAAUUGUAUUGUACAACAGUAUGGACAAGAAUGAGAAAGCCAAGGCUUGGAGCAAGCAUCAGACUGCUUUGAAAAAGGCAUCUGAUGCAGAAAAGGAAGAGUAUGAGAACCUGUCUAAGAAAGACAAAGGUAUCCAAGCUGCUGCCCAUCUCUUGGAAAAGGAGGGCAAGCAGCACAUGGCCACUUUGAAAAAGGUGAGCACCCAGGAUACCUUUAAGCAGACUGACCAAUGGGUCAGUGAGAAGCAAAUGCUGCAGAAGUGGGCUGCAGAGGAGCUGGAUGCCCACAUUGCCUCUGGAAGGAUCCGGUGGAGAGAAUGUCCAGGCACUUGGGGUGUGUAUGAGUACAAAGAUACUCAGGACUGGUCAAGGGAAGUGGCCCAGACCAGGUCCAAAGAGUUCCAGCAGGGGAAUGAGUGGGACCCUGCUGAUGAAGACUUGGAAAAGUUUUUGGAACUCUACUCCAAGGACUGGACCUCCCUCACCCUGGAUGUCAGUGGCAAAGGCUCUGGAAAGAGCAGCCCAGGUCUUGGAAAAGGCCAAGGUGGCAAGGGCAAAGGCCAAAGUCUUGGAAAAGGCAAACACAGAAGAGAGCAAAAGGAGAAGCCUGGCAUAGAGCAGGAGACCGACUUGGAAAAGGUUCUGAAAGCCUGCAAGAAAGCCAGGAACAUGGUCAGCUCUUGCAAGGCAGGCUUGGAACUGGCUUUGGAAAAGGCCAAAAGUAAAUUGUCCAAGUCUGGCCAAAGCAAUGCCAUGAGCUUGGUCACUCAGCUUGGAAAAGCUUUUGACCAGCUGAAGGCCUGCCUCCAAACCAAGGACCCCCAGGUUAAGAAGCUGAAGGAGGUCUUGAUGAAGGUGGCAAAAGUGAUGGCAGAUGCCAGAGAUGAAACCAGGAGCUCAAGCACUUGGGCAACAAGGCAGGCUCCACAGCUGCAAGUAAGAAAGCUGGCCACUGAGUUUGGAAAAGCCCAGGGCUGUCUUGGAAAAGGCCAAGGUGGCAAGGGCAAAGGCCAAAGUCUUGGAAAAGGCAAACACAGAAGAGAGCAAAAGGAGAAGCCUGGCAUAGAGCAGGAGACCGACUUGGAAAAGGUUCUGAAAGCCUGCAAGAAAGCCAGGAACAUGGUCAGCUCUUGCAAGGCAGACUUGGAACUGGCUUUGGAAAAGGCCAAAAGUAAAUUGUCCAAGUCUGGCCAAAGCAAUGCCAUGAGCUUGGUCACUCAGCUUGGAAAAGCUUUUGACCAGCUGAAGGCCUGCCUCCAAACCAAGGACCCCCAGGUUAAGAAGCUGAAGGAGGUCUUGAUGAAGGUGGCAAAAGUGAUGGCAGAUGCCAGAGAUGAAACCAGGAGCUCAAGCACUUGGGCAACAAGGCAGGCUCCACAGCUGCAAGUAAGAAAGCUGGCCACUGAGUUUGGAAAAGCUCAGGGCUGGAAAGCACAUUUUGGAAAAGAUGCGCCAGGCAACCUCAGGCUAGGUAGUUUUGCAGAGGGUCCCGUGCAAGAUGGGAUGCAGAUGGCCAGGAAAAAAGUGAGUAAGCUGCAAAGGGUUCUGGGAGUGGGAUUUGCCAGUGCUUGGAAAAGCAUUGCAAGAAUAAUGAAGGGUUUGGAAAAGCCUCCCAAGAAAGACCAACCCAAGAGAUUAAGGGGAUGGCAGCUGGAAAUGCAAUCUGGAAGGAAAGUAGCAAAGAAAUCAGUUUUGGAAAAGACUGAUCAUGGCCUGGAAAGGCCUGAUGAACCUCACUCUGGCUUGGCCAACAAGCUUUUGUCUUUGUGGUCAUGUGGCACUCUUUCAGCCACUAUGAUCAGAGAGAUAGCCCACCUGGCCAUGCAAGAUGGUGCUGACCAUCCAGAGCUGGUUUCCCUGGCCAAGGUCAAGGUGCCAUGUCUGGAUCCCAAAUCUUCUUUGGAAAAGGAAGAUUGGGCCAGCCUAUUCUUGACAAGUGGAAAGCAAAGAGGUCCUGGAAAGGACCAGUGGAAAGCAAAGAGGUCCUGGAAAGGGCCCAAGUCCCACCCAAGUUUUGGAAAAGACUUGGGAAUGGGUGGUGGGAAAGGAGGUGCCAGGCAUGAGGCCAAGCCUUGGGUGGAUGUUGGCUUGUUAUACAAGUGCUUGGAAAAGCACCAGAAGUUGCUUGCUGACAUGAAGGCAUAUGAACAUGUCAGUUCCCAGGCAGCACCUAAUGCCAAAGCCCUCCUGGAUCUGAAAGACUUGUGGGCUGGAUUGCUAGAGCUCUCACCACAGGGCAGCAUCCAUUCCCAGCCUCUGAGGCAAGCCUUGAUCAGCUUACUGACCACUAUUCCAGACUUGAAUUCUGGAAAGCAUAGUGGUGCUGCCUGGGAAAACCUCAAGAUAGAGCUUGAAUACCAAAGUCUUUUGGAAGGCUUGGAAAAGCUGCAGACUGCCCCUGGCCCAAAUGCUGACCCUGGGGAUGCAGAGGUGGUGCCUGAGAACCCAGGGGCUGAACAUGUGGAGCAGGAAGAGGAGGAGCAGAGGCUUGAAGAAGCCUGCUGCAUCUCCCCAGCUUGCCAACAGAAGGCCAAGAGGGCCCACAAACAGUGGAGUGCCUUGGAGCAGGCAGACCCCAGCUCCCCAAGCCACUUGGUCAGCCAUCUGGAAGCCUUGGAAAAGUCCAAGGCCAAGCCCAAGGCCAAGGCCAAGGCAAGCCAGAGAAAGGACUUGGAAAAGUCCAAGACAGUGGGUUUGGACAAGCCUACUGCCAAGCCCAAGGUGAUGGUUGAUUGGCACCAGACCUUGGAGAACUCUGGCAGGGUCAGCAGUGAAGACCUCUUUGCUUUGGAGAGUGGGGGGAAAGUGAAUUUGGCUUGGCAGUGGGGGGCCAAUGUCAUUUUUGAUGACAAUGCCAGCAUCUGCAUGGAGGCAGCCUCCUGGGAUAUGGAACACUACCCCGGCAACACCAAAUGGUGUGACCACCAGUGGUGUGGAGGUGGGUAUUCCAGCUUCAAAGCAGCUGUGGAUGCCUACCUCCAGGCCCACCAGGAUGACUGA